AACUACGUUGCUCACGUGGGGCCUGGGGGAGGCGAGACCUAGGACGGUGCGGAAAGGGACUGCCGGCCCCACCCUCAGUUCUUACACUUGGGAGGCUGGCGUAACACGUUCUCUGGGAGUGUCUGCAUUCACGGCCACCUCCUGGAAUUUCCUCUAGGUUUACCAGCCAACCACGAGGAGUCCUUGGAGGAAACUUGGCGCCUACGUGCGGACCACUCACACCUCCCAACACCACAUCCCGAGAGCGCCCGGGCAGGGAUGGGCGGCAAGACCGGGCUGCCCUUCUCGGUGCUCCUGCUGGCCGCUCUGCCCACAGUGCUGCUGCCGGGAGUGGUUGGCUUCACGCAUUCCUUAGACAGCGACUUCACGUUUACCCUUCAGGCCGGCCGGAAGGAGUGUUUCUACCAGCCCAUGCCUCUGAAGGCCUCUCUGGAGAUCGAGUACCAAGUUUUAGAUGGAGCAGGAUUAGAUAUUGAUUUCCAUCUUGUUUCUCCAGAAGGAAGAACCUUAGUUUUUGAGCAAAGAAAAUCAGAUGGAGUUCACAUGGUAGAGACUGAAGUUGGUGACUACAUGUUCUGCUUUGAUAAUACAUUCAGCACCAUUUCUGAGAAGGUGAUUUUCUUUGAACUAAUCCUGGAUAAUAUGGGAGAACAGGAGCAAGAACAAGAGGACUGGAAGAAAUAUAUUACUGGCACAGACAUGUUGGAUAUGAAACUGGAAGAUAUCCUGGAAUCCAUCAACAGUAUCAAGUCCAGACUAAGCAAAAGUGGUCAUAUCCAAACUCUGCUUAGAGCAUUUGAAGCUCGUGAUCGAAAUAUACAAGAAAGCAACUUUGAUAGAGUCAAUUUCUGGUCUAUGGUUAAUUUAGCGGUUAUGGUGGUGGUGUCAGCCAUUCAGGUUUAUAUGCUGAAGAGUCUAUUUGAAGAUAAAAGGAAAAGCAGAACUUAAAACUCCAAAUCAGAGUACCUAAUACUGAAAAAGAGAGACAAAAAAUGCAAUAAACUGUUAUAGUCAAGACCAUUAAUAGUAUUUUCCAAAAUAUUUUCAGUUACUACCAUAAGUGUGAAACAAUUAUAAUUUUAAUGUGAAAGUCUUCGCUUUUUUCUGUGCAAGUAAUCUUAUUGCUCCAAAUAGUCCUUAAGUGUAUAACAAAAUUUUACAGAAUAUAGGUAUUAUUGAAUUAAGCCAUAUUAAUAAUUGAAUUUUCCUAAGUGUAAAAAAUUUUUUACAAAUGUGUCAUGGGUGAUUUAAAUAAAUGAACUUUGGGCUUAAAUGCAACACCAAACAAUGUUUUUUAAAAGAUUCUCUUACCCAGAAGUUUCUUUGUGAAUGUGGCAAUUACAAAUUAAUUGUAGAAGUUUUCAAUAUGUUAAGUUAUAAAUCAUCUGAGAAUUACUUAAUCAUGGAUUGAAUAUAUCUUUAGAAGACAAAGACCCGACUUUUCUGUUUUUUACAGAUGCAUCUCUAAUGUGAGGAGAAGCAUAGCUGUGAAAAACAGAUUCAUGAGACUUUUAUAACCAACUAUAUUUCAACUUAAAAUACUAACAAAAAGUUUUAGUUUUAUAUACUUGUCUUACAUUCCCAAAAGCUGAUAUUGUGGUAAUUCUUAAAAAUGCUAAGUCAUACUUACUAAAAUUAGGACAAAUUAUCUCUUUGAAGUAAAAUAGCUAUAGGUUGCUCGGUUUCCUUAAGGAUACAUUCAUUCUGUCUAGGGCAGGGGUGUCACACUCAUUUUCACCGGGGGCCACAUCAGCCUCGUGGUCACCUUCAAAGGGCCGAAUGUAAUUUCAACUCCUUAACAGUUAAGGAGUAGUUACAUUUGUACAGUCUUAA